UCCCUUUGAUUCGUUAAAUCUAUAUAAUUCUCCCCACAGACACGGCUUCUUUCUCCCAGAAGUCUCUACUGGGUACAGAGACCUAACCCUCUCCUCUCUUGAGAAAAAUUGCAUACAGAUUAGAGAGGAGAAGAUAAUAAUCUUUCAGAUUCUUUCCAAGAAUGGGAGAAGCGGCGGCGGAGAUAGUGAAGCCUCGUACGGACACACGAGAGUACAGAAGAAUCGUUCUCCGGAACUCUCUCGAAGUCCUUCUCAUCAGCGAUCCUGAUACCGAUAAGGCGGCGGCUUCCAUGAGUGUGAGUGUCGGUUCCUUCAGCGAUCCCGAGGGCUUCCCAGGCCUUGCUCAUUUCCUAGAGCAUAUGCUGUUUUAUGCCAGUGAAAAAUAUCCAUUGGAAGACAGUUACUCAAAGUAUAUUAUAGAGCAUGGUGGUAGUACAAAUGCUUUUACAUCUUCUGAGCACACCAACUAUUACUUUGAUGUGAACUCUGAUUGUUUUGAAGAGGCUUUGGAUAGAUUCGCACAGUUCUUUGUCAAACCAUUGAUGUCAGCUGAUGCUACAACCAGAGAAAUAAAAGCUGUUGAUUCUGAGAAUCAAAAAAACUUGCUGUCUGAUGCUUGGAGAAUGUGCCAGCUUCAAAAACAUAUUAGUGCAGAAGGUCAUCCAUAUCAUAAAUUCAGUACAGGAAACUGGGAUACUCUGGAGGUAAAGCCAAAAGAGAAGGGUCUGGAUACAAGGCAUGAGCUUAUUAAAUUCUAUGAAGAGCAUUAUUCAGCCAACCUCAUGCAUUUGGUUGUAUAUACAAAAGAGAGUCUUGAUAAAAUUCAGAGCCUGGUGGAGCACAAAUUCCAGGAAAUCCAAAAUAAAGAUCGUAGCAAUUUCCAGAUUCCUGGUCAGCCUUGCACAUCUGAACAUUUACAGAUUCUUGUCAAGACUGUACCAAUAAAACAAGGUCACAAGUUGAGAGUUAUAUGGCCAAUAACUCCAAGCAUUCACAAUUACAAGGAAGGGCCAUGCAGAUAUCUUGGUCACCUUAUUGGCCAUGAAGGAGAAGGAUCAUUAUUUUACAUCUUGAAGACAUUGGGAUGGGCUACUAGUUUAUCAGCAGGUGAAGGGGAUUGGACUUGUGAAUUUUCUUUCUUUAAAGUGGUGAUUGAUCUUACUGAUGCUGGUCAUGAACACAUGCAAGAUAUUGUUGGAUUGCUCUUCAAAUAUAUUAGCCUCCUACAGCAGACUGGUGUUUGCAAAUGGAUAUUUGAUGAGCUUUCAGCCAUUUGCGAGACAGUGUUCCAUUAUCAGGACAAAAUCCCACCUAUUGAUUACGUGGUUAAUGUUUCAUCGAAUAUGGAGUUAUAUCCCCCAAAAGAUUGGCUGGUGGGGUCAUCAUUGCCUUCUAAGUUUAGUCCAGAUGUUAUUCAGAAGGUACUAGAUGAGCUUGCUCCAAAUAACGUCAGAAUCUUUUGGGAGUCAAAGAAUUUUGAAGGCCACACUGACAUGGUUGAGCCAUGGUAUGGAACUGCAUAUUCUAUUGAGAAGAUCACUUUUUCCAUGAUUCAGCAAUGGAUGCUAGCAGCCCCUAAUGAACAUCUGCAUCUACCAUCCCCCAAUGUGUUUAUCCCUACUGAUUUGUCACUUAAGGAUGUGCAAGAGAAGGCUAAAUUUCCAGUUCUCUUAAGAAAGUCAUCAUAUUCAACCUUAUGGUAUAAGCCCGAUACAAUGUUCUCCACUCCAAAGGCAUAUGUGAAGAUAGAUUUCAACUGCCCCUUUGCUAGUAGCUCCCCUGAAGCAGACGUCCUUACUGAUAUCUUUACACGGUUGUUAAUGGAUUACCUGAAUGAAUAUGCUUACUAUGCUCAAGUUGCCGGUCUUUAUUAUGGCAUAAACCACACAGAUAGUGGUUUUCAGGUGGCUGUGACUGGGUAUAAUCACAAAUUGAGGAUCUUACUUGAAACAGUUGUUGAAAAAAUCGCAAACUUUAAAGUGAAGCCUGAUAGGUUUCUUGUGAUCAAGGAAAUGGUAACAAAGGAGUAUCAAAACUUCAAGUUUCAACAGCCAUAUCAGCAAGCUAUGUACUAUUGCUCGCUAAUUCUACAAGAUAACACAUGGCCUUGGAUGGAUGGACUUGAAGUUAUUCCUCAUCUUGAAGCUGAUGAUCUUGCUAAAUUUGUUCCCAUGUUGCUCUCAAGGGCCUUCUUGGAUUGUUACAUAGCAGGAAACAUUGAAGUAAAAGAAGCAGAGUCAAUGAUCCAUUGCAUUGAAGAUAUUUUCUACAGUGGUCCACAUCCUAUAUCCCAGCCUCUAUUCCCAUCUCAGUAUUUGACAAAUCGAGUUAUUAAGCUUGAUAGGGGCAUGAGUUACCUCUAUCCUGCUGAAGGCUUAAAUCCAAGUGAUGAGAAUUCUGCCUUAGUUCACUAUAUCCAGGUACAUAGGGAUGAUUUCUUGCCAAAUGUGAAACUUCAGCUUUUUGCUCUCAUUGCAAAGCAACGAGCUUUUCACCAACUUCGAUCAGUUGAGCAACUUGGGUACAUCACUGUGCUCAUGCAGAGGAAUGAUUCUGGUAUUCGUGGAGUGCAGUUUAUCAUUCAAUCCACAGUAAAGGGUCCUGGACAUAUUGAUUCAAGAGUCGUGGAGUUUCUAAAGAUGUUCGAGAGUAAACUUUAUGCAAUGUCCGAAGAUGAAUUUAAGAGUAAUGUGAAUGCACUCAUUGAUAUGAAGCUCGAGAAGCACAAGAAUUUAAGGGAAGAAUCUGGAUUUUACUGGCGAGAAAUCUAUGAUGGGACCCUCAAGUUUGAUAGGAGAGAAGCCGAGGUUGCAGCAUUGAAGAAGCUAACCCAAAAGGAACUUAUAGAUUUCUUCAACGAACAUAUAAAAGUUGGUGCACCUCAGAAGAAGACAUUAAGUGUACGAGUUUAUGGGGGCCUACAUACUUCAGAGUAUGCAGACGAAAAAAAGGAAGCAAAUCAACCCAAGCAAGUUAAGAUAGAUGAUAUUUUCAAGUAGAAAUCACAACCCCUGUAUGGUUCAUUCAAAGGAGGCCUCGGACACGUGAAGCUGUAGAGAUAUAUCAAAUCUUGUACCCAAUUCUUCAUGAAGAAAAUUGAACUGCAAACCGAGUUAUAGAAUGUAGUGGCCAGAAAAUUCAUCUGAGGAAGCAGGUAUGUCAUCCAUUUGUUUUUCAAAGAUGGAGAUGAUAUUUGAUGCUUCGUACCAAACUCAUGGCAUCGUUUCUGGUUUCUCUUUGGAAUUAGUUUCACAGAUUGUGUCCUUUUACGUGUACUUUUACAUGUACCAUUUUUGUAUUUUAAUAAAAUUUAUCUAAAGAUUCCAAUAAAUCUCAAGGACUGUAUGUCAAAAGCAUUUCAUGGAUUAGGAUGAUUUGAUUUCAAUUUGUAUAUUUGGUUGGCAAAA